AUGGACCCGGAUUCCAAAUCAGCAGCCUCGUGGGGUGAUGCAACAAAGGGUCAGCAGCGGCAGCCUGUUGAGGAGGCAGCGUUGCCGGUCACGAUAGAGUAUGGCAUCCCAACAGCAGGAGCUGGUUCCAGUGAGGCUCCCUUGUGCGUGGACGGUAUGCCACGACAAGAUGGUGUGGUGGGGCUGGCGUUUGCUGAUCGCCUCGAGCCUGCCUUGCGCUUGAGUGUGGUGAAGAUGGGCCCCAGCUUGGAGGUUGGAAAGGCCGGACCAAACCCCGAGGGUGGCUUCCUGGUGGACAUGAUUCGUGUGCAGGGCAAGGAGAUGCCAGCUGCUAGUGCACUGAAGGGAGCUGCCAAGGCAGCAGGACUCAGUAGCAUGAAAGGAAUUUGCUUGGGCCUCCGGCGACCAAGUGGCGGAGCUGAAGAUGCUGCUUCCUGGGCCGUCUUUCCACUGGCUGGGGUUUCGAAGACAGGUGGUCUUGUCUUCCGAUCUAAAGGCCCAUCGGCAGAGGGCUUGGGUCCGGACGAUACUAUCCGAGAGGUUCAAUUCUUCGCCCCAGGCCCCGGGGCAUCAUCGACAGUGCAGGAGCUAACCGGCCGCUUUGCUGGCAAAGCCCUUCCACUGGCCCUGUUGACGACUGAGGAGGCAGCAAUGGCAGCACCUGGAUCACUACCUUUGGUCGGUCCUGCUUUGAUUGGGAACGCCGGGGCAGGCACCACCAUCCACCGCCAGGCGGUGGCAGUGGUGGCCUCUUAG